UGAGGAAGUAUUAUAUGACUUAAAACGUUGAAAAUGGAUGGGGACGGUCAACAACCAAUUCCUGGUAUUAAUAAUAGACCUAGGAACCCGUGCUAUAUUAUAUGUUACGGUUUCGUCUUGUUUGUAUUUGGUACUUUAACAGCUCUCGGCGAUCAUUGGGGUAAACAUCUCAAAGUCCGUGGUUCAACUGGUAGAAAUGGAGUUGGUGAUGAUUCAGAUGGAUUGCCUAAAAAACACACCUUUGAUCAUGACUUCUUCAUGGCACCUAUACUGUUUGCAGGACAAAUAUUAUGCCUGAUAAUAUAUUGGAUAUUGAACAGAUUUGAAGUGGGACGGGUGCUAUUUCCUCCAAGAGUGACUCCAAGACAACGUAAUAGACAGUUACAUAGAGAAACAAAGUUUAAUGUAUAUAUAUUUAUAUUGCCAGCUUUAUUUAGAUAUGUUGCCACCUGUUUACUCUAUGUUGGUGUUCGUCUAACCUACAGUUCUAGUACCAUUCUGUUUAAAGGGAGUUUAGUUCAUCUACAAGUUAAACACUUGCUAGCUUACCUGUGGAUCUUGGGUCGUAGGCUUAUUAAUGGAACUAUUUUGUUCUUUACAUCAUUACUGUCAGUAGCUUUCCUAGGACGCAACAUGAACCCGCGGAUGUGGGUAGGUGUAGUAAUUAGUAUUGCUGGUCUAGCUGUACUAGGUAUUAAUGAUUAUAUAUACCAAAUAAAAGAUGAAUAUGAUACCAAUGGAAUAGUUGCAGGCGAUUUAUUAAUUGUUAUGGCCCAGAUAAUGUUUGCUACGCAGGCUGUUUGGGAACAGAGAAUAUUAACCAAAUAUCCCAAUAUGUCCCCAUUACAAUGUUUGGGUUAUGAAGGGCUGUGGGGAUUUUGUAUAUCAUUUAUCUUAGCCAUUCCAUUUUCAUUUGUGAAUGCUGGUGCCUUUAGUGAGUUGCCUGGUCAUUAUUUAGAAAAUCCCUCUGAUGCAUUUAAACAGAUGAAGAAUUCUGGAGUCAUUGUUGCAAUUGUUGUUGUUGUUUUGUUAUCUAAUACCAUCCAUUACUGGUUUGCUUUAAUAAUUACCAAAAACUAUGGUGCUACUCAGAGAAUGAUGAUUGAUUCAAUUGGUUUUGGUGUCACUUGGGGUGUUGCUUUAUUACUCAAAUGGGAAAAGUUUGAUAUCUAUAUCAUACCAGGAUUCUUCCUCAUUGGCCUUGGUUACAUAUUAUUUUUUGAUAUAAUAUUGUACCCAAUAUGGAAAUGUUUAUAUAGGGCUAUUUGUAGUCCAACUCCUGGAGAAGAUGAUGCAUCACCUUUGAUACAUCCCAAUGGAAAUAUAGCAGGAAUUCAGUGAAGACAACAGCUGAGCUAUCACUAUAAUUUGGUGUGGUAUUUUCUGAUGGGAUACAAAAUUGUACAUUAAGUAUAUAUAAUGCUUGCAAUGGAAUAAGCUUUUUGUCUGCAGAAGACUCUAAUAAAAUUAUUCUUUUACUUACUAUGUAAUUAAUAGCUUUGAAAAAGUUAGCACUGCCAGUAAUUUUAGCAGUCAUCAAAGUUUCUAUGGAUUCUGAAGAUGAAUUUAAUAAAAUCAUUUAGUGCAUUUUCUGAGUAAAUCUUGAAGACAAGAAAACAACUUUGACCAGAAUAAAUGACAAGUUUUACCUUCUGUUUUGAUUUAUGUAUUUAGAAAAAUAAUUUAGUCUUUCAUACCGGUAUUUCAAUUUUUAUCCUACAAGAUCUUUUUUUUUAAAUUGUACCUUUCUCAAUUGUAUUCUCAAUUUAAGAAAAAGAAAAUAGUUUGGUUAAGAAAUUACCAAGUUUUUGAAAGUUAAUUAACAAGUAUCCAGCUCAAUUUAAUUUGUUUGGAUAAAAUAUAUCAUUAUUGAACUAUUAUUAUAAUCAAUUAUUAUAUUAAAAUAUGGUUAUUUUUGUAUAGCUGAAAUAUUAGAUUAUUAAGACCUGUUUCUAAAUAUCAUGAGUCUGAAUGACUUAAGGUGGGAAUAGAUGAUGUACGGUAUUUGGUACUGGAUUAUCGAAGAAAAUAGUAGAAGCGCAAACCCUGUGGUCACUUGUUCUAUUUACUACUUUAUGGAUAAAUCUGCACCUUGCAUCGCAGCGGACAUUGUCUAUUCCCACCUUAAGGCUGAACGAGUCUUUCAGACUAAAUAACCCUUGAUACAUAGGCUGAGAUUCUCGUUACUUAUUUUGAUUGAUCCAGGACUAAUAUGAAUAGUUAAAAAACUAUGUUAUGAAGUAGUAAUUUUUAAUAAUUAUCCUAUACUCCACAUUUCUAAUGGUUAUAUUGAAUAAGCAUGAACAAUAUCAAAGGUUAGAUGAUGUUGGACUCCAAAAGCCUUGAUACAUUGAGAUGGUCUCAAAACUAAGACUUCAAAGUACUACUAAGUUUGCUUCAAACUCACAUGUGCCAUUACUAUUUGCCUUUAUUUUUUAUGUUCUUUAAAAAUUUCUUACUGAAAAUUUGAAAAUGAACCUUUUUAGGGUUUGUUUUGGAUUACUUCUUACAAGAAACUCAAAAAUUAAAUAGAUCUGAUGUGCUAAAAUCUCUUCAUUUUACUCUUUGUACAUUCAUGAUUCCAUUCAUGAUUAAUUUUUAAUUUUCUUUGCAUUUUGAUAUGUUUUUGAUAUUUGUAUGUAUUGUAUCCAUAACUGAUUCUUUAUUAUGUCUGAAAGUAAAUGUUUUUUAUUACUGAUCAGGAAUGCAGCUUGUAGGGGCUGACAUGAAAGAUGCACCAGAUUUUUCAGUAAGGUCAUCAUAAACUAAUUCUAAUGAACAUAGAUUAUGAUUUUUACUCCCAUACACUAUACUUUUGAAAUGAAUUCCUAUUGCUAAUAUUUUUACAUUGUAUUUUUUUAUUUUUUGUAUGUUUUAUAUAUAUAUAUAUAUAUAUAUAUGUACUCUUCAAAAAAGUAGACUAUGAAGUUGCAAUUCAGAUAUAAAAUAUAACUAUUAAGAAACUUGACAACAGACAUCUUAGGAAUGCACCAUAAAUCUCUUCAUCUCCACAAACAUUAUUUUUGCAUCUGUAUUUCACAUUGUUGUCAGUAUAUUAUGAUUAUAUUAUGAUUAUUUUUGUAAAUAUUUUAUGAAAUACAUUCGAAAAUGAUUAAAUUCAUUAAAUUCAUUGAGUAUUAUUCUACUAUUUAUGCAAAAAAAUGUAUACUUAAUCUAGGUUCUGCUGGUAAAAAUAACUGGAAAACUUGCAUGAUAAAAAAUUCAAGACAAAUUUUAUAGAAAAAAUGUUUUAUUAACUGUAGAGCAAGAAAUAUGGAGACAAUAAAUAUUGCACAUCGUGUUUUUAUUUUGAUAAUCGAGUGUGUUAUUAAUGAUACAAUAAUGUUCAAUUUGAUCUAACAACAGAUACCCACACAAACAUAAAUUGGUAAUUCAGUUUAUUAUUCUAGGAUGUGUUUUGGAGAAAUUAUCUUCAGUGAUAAUAUAACAUAUUUAUAAAAUUAUAGUAUUAUGCUGAUUUCCCUUGACUUCAUUGAUCAAUAUUAAUCAGCCAUUAAACUGGGAACUAAAAGAAUUUGAAGGCUACUCAUUAUUUAAAUUGAUAUCGCCGUCAAAAUUUACUUGCUGAGGACCCUCAAUUUCAAUCUAUAUCACUUUUCAGCAUUAAAAUCCUCCAUCUAAUUCUCCUGCACUGCAACAAACACUAUAUAACAGUUGAAAUUGUCACCAUUUUCAAAAAAUUAUUAACAUUAUCAGGAGCAGAUAUUGGACAUAACUGGCAAUGAGGAUAUAUAAAAAUCUUUUAUAAUUGCUGGAUAGCCUCAUAGAGGGAUGUGGAUAGCUGCAAUUGAGCUCUACUUUGCUUUUCAGCUCAUCCAAUGGUUCAUCAGCUGAAAAAUACAAAUUAAUAGACAACUAUAUCACUUGAAAUAACUUUGAAAAAGUCUUUAACAACAAUGGACACAGAUAGAUAAUUAUUAAAUCACG